AUGAAGCUAAGACCGUCAGCUCGGCCGAGCUUAUCAGCGGGGAACUGCGAUGUCGGCCGCUUCCCCGCCUUAUCAAUCACUGGCUGGUCCAACCCCAACCCGGCCGAACAACAAACCACUUUUCUCCCCAUCAUGAGCUCCAUCCGUCGACGCCUGGCCUGUGUGGAGUGCACCCGGCGCAAAAUACGCUGCGACAAGGUUGUCCCAUGUCGCAAUUGCACCAGGAGGGGCAUCACCUGCUCUCGCGCCAGAGGUACCGAUGAUGAGGUGGACCGAUUACAGGCCCGUGUUCAGGAGCUUGAAGCUGCUCUGAAGGAGGCCACUGAUCCACAAUUUCAACCUAGUCCUCUACCCAAAUCUGAGAUCAUCCACAAUGCCAGCAAUACUCCUGUCUCCGAGACGGUGGAGACCCCCGAACGUGAGAUGGCGGACGCCGCCACCAUACUCGAGUUCCUUGCCUGGGGCCGACGGAAGAACCCGGACUAUCACGAUAUGCUAGCUCGCAGAGAUGGUGUCGAGCAUCAUUCCCCUGGCGACGUGACGGCCGAAGGAAGCGGCGAUGAGCGGAACCCCGAGGUUGCCUCCGCACUAGCCUAUCUCCAGCUCCUCCUCCCAGAUCGCGAGCUCAUGCAGCAGCUUGUCUCCUACCAUUGCGACUGCGUGCUUUGGUAUCACGGCUCUUUUCACUCUGUCCGUUUUCAAGAAGAACUGGACGAUUUCUUCCGGCUCGCCAAUGGUCACAUCGCCCAUCCCCGCGUCGACCUGCAAUGGGUCGCGCUUCUCUUCUCUGUCCUUACCGGCGCCCUCGCUUGCGCUCCUCGCAUGGCCGCUCAGGCAUGGGGCUUUUCUGAAUGGGAGCAGACUACUCUAGCACAGAGGUGGUUCAAAGCUGUCUCGACCUGUCUACACCAUGCCGACUUUACUGCUGUCCACUCGCUCUACGCCGUCCAGGCCAUUGCCACUCUUACCAUGUCUGCUCAUCUCCUCGGCUUCUCUAACAGUCUUUCCGUGCUACUUGCAGCCGCUACCCGCAUCGCCCAAGGGCUGGGCCUACACCGUCUCGGCUCGGAAAGAGAAACGGCAACCACUCCUGUCAUGAUUGACCGCGAAAUCGGCCGUCGUGCAUGGUGCCAGCUCUGCAUCCAGGACUGGUUCUCCAUCCCCUUCUCCGAAAGCUACCUCAUCCCACGAUCUUGCUUGAAUACUGCACGUCCUCGGAACUGUCGCGACGAAGAUAUGCUGAAGCUGCCUGAUGAUGAACCAAGUGUCGCGGGCUACUCCAGGUUCUUUUACCAGGUUGCAGCUCUUAUGCCUUCGUUGCAGGACAGCAUGGCUGCAUCGAAUACGUUGUAUACACGUUACGAACAGGUUCUGGAACAUGAUCGUCGAUUGCGCAGCUUAGCUACCCAGGGUCUCCCACUUUACUUGAGGAAUGUUCCUGUCGAGGAGCAUCCGGAGUGGCCGAAAUAUGUCCUCUGGGCGAGACGUAGUUUGGCAAUCAGCUCGUCGCAUAAAAUCAUUAUGAUACAUCGGAAGUUCCUCGAGCUAAGCUUCACAAAUCCUGUAUUUGCCAGGACACGUCGCACGUGCGUUGCCGCCGCCCGGACAAUCAUCAAAGAGCAGAAAGAGGCGAUCCAUGACGGCGGACCAGUGCUUUGGAUUCACCAGGCCUUUAGUGUUGCUGCUAGCAUAAUAUUAUGUCUUGACCUCUUCCACCGCACCACCUCCGACCCGGAAACCACCUACCACCGCCAACUCAUCAACGACGGUCUGGAAAUCCUCUCGCACAGCGAAUCAAACAUGAUCGCCCGACGCGGGGUGCAUCUGCUCGAGGCAUUGCUAGCGAAAGAGCGCGACCGUAGUAGUCCGAAACAUUUACCCUCACCGGAGCAGGAUGCAGAUCGGGACUUGGAUCUGGUGGGAGUGAUUCGAAGUUUCUGCGAGAAGGGCCGCUGGCAGAGGAGUCGAACGGCUUCGCGGGAUGGGAGCCAGGGAUGGCCGCCUGUGGAUCGGGGGUCGACUGAAAGAACUGGACAGGUGCAGACGCCGGUUGGAGUCACGUCGCCGACAUUGGAGAGGUUGUCCAUGUCGUAUGGGUUGGAAUGUGCGGAGAGCUUAGAGGAUAUUUUGGUCUUGGCGGCGAAUUAUGCGGCUUGA